ACGUUUUUGUGUUGCACCGCACCCGCUUCCCUCCAAGGGUGGACUGGAUUCAAUUUUUGUUUAGUUUCCCGGACACUCGGUGCUCGGUGAGGCCAGUAUUGGUGUUUUUCCUGCAGUUGAGUCCAGCUCGUCAUGUCGGACACAUGGAGCAACAUCCAGGCGCACAAGAAGCAGCUGGACUCUCUGCGGGAGAGGCUGCAGCGACGGCGGAAAGAUCCGGCUCAGCUGUCCGCCGAUGGUGGCGGCAGCACAGACGGCUCCACAGUCAGGAGUGACAGCCCUGCCCCGGCAGUUCCGUCCACCUCACAGGAGGAAACAGAAAAACCACCAGACCCCGAACUGGAGAAGAGGCUGCUGGGAUAUCUGUCUGAUCUGAGUCUCACACUGCCGACAGACUCCCUUUCCAUCACAAAUGAACUCAACAGUUCAGAAACAGCCGUUAGUCACGGCUGCAUCCAGAGCCUGCUGCUUAAAUUCUCUGCUCAGGAGCUCAUCGAAGUCCGAGAGCCCACCUUGGCUCCUACUUCUUCUUCUUCUACAACUUCCUCCUCCACGUCGACCCCCACAGUGGUCGUAGCUGUGGACCACACAAAACUUUGGGCUAUGAUUGGAUCUGUAGCUGGAGCCCAGAGAACUGGAGUCAAGAGAAAAGCAGAAGACCAAAUGCACAGCAAAAGGGCUGCAGGCUUCUCGCCCUCGCUUCAGAGCUCUGCUUCUCCUCCUCACUCGUCAACCACAUCGCUGACGCCGGCCUCCUCCUCAGAGCCGGGGCCUUCGGCGUCAGGGAGCGGGACGGAGAAGAAGGGCAGGAGCAGUAAAAGCCAGUCGUCUCAUUUGGACAUGGAGAUCGAAAGCCUCCUGAACCAACAGUCCACCAAGGAGCAGCAGAGCAAGAAGUUAAGCCGAGAGAUUCUGGAGCUGCUGAACGCCAGCACAGCCAAGGAGCAGUCCAUCGUGGAAAAGUUCAGAUCCCGCGGCCGAGCUCAGGUCCAAGAGUUCUGCGAUCACGGGACCAAAGAAGAAUGUGUUCGUGCUGGAGACACGCCUCAGCCAUGCACCAAGUUACACUUUCGUCGCAUCAUCAACAAGCACACAGACGAGAGCCUCGGCGACUGCUCCUUCCUCAACACCUGUUUCCACAUGGACACCUGUAAGUACGUCCACUAUGAGAUCGACAGCCCCCCGGAGACCGAGGGGAACCUGCUGGGGCCCCAGGCGGGGACCACAGAGCUUGGUCUCCACGCAGGGGACACCGACAGCAAUGUGGGCAAACUCUUCCCCUCACAGUGGAUCUGCUGUGAUAUCCGCUACCUGGACGUGUCCAUCCUGGGUAAGUUUGCCGUAGUGAUGGCUGACCCUCCAUGGGACAUCCACAUGGAGCUGCCCUACGGUACUCUGACCGAUGACGAGAUGAGAAAACUGAACAUCCCCAUCCUGCAGGAUGACGGCUUCCUCUUCCUCUGGGUCACUGGCAGGGCUAUGGAGCUGGGCAGAGAGUGUCUCAGCCUCUGGGGUUAUGAGCGUGUGGAUGAAAUCAUUUGGGUGAAAACCAACCAGCUCCAGAGAAUCAUCCGCACCGGCAGGACGGGUCAUUGGCUGAACCACGGGAAGGAGCACUGCCUGGUUGGUGUAAAAGGAAACCCGCAGGGGUUCAACAGGGGUUUGGACUGUGAUGUCAUCGUGGCAGAGGUCCGCUCCACGAGUCACAAGCCAGACGAGAUCUAUGGCAUGAUAGAAAGACUCUCACCCGGCACCAGGAAGAUUGAGCUCUUUGGUCGACCCCACAAUGUCCAGCCUAACUGGAUAACUCUAGGGAACCAGCUGGACGGCAUUCAUCUGUUGGAUCCCGAGGUCGUGGCUCGGUUUAAGAAACGUUAUCCAGACGGCGUCAUCUCCAAACCCAAAAACAUUCAGUCAUCAUAACUUCUCACGUGUUUGAAGAAGUUUGUUUUCAAACUGUUUUAUUUUUUUUAUACCUGUAAACAUUUUUUUAAUAAAUAUUGUCCACUAGA